AUGCAAAACCACGGAGUUGACAUCAUUGCCAUCUCUGGACUUGGCGGACACGCGUUUGGGUCAUUUAAAGAGCCGGGAGGAGAGCAUAUUUUUCAGAAUCUGGAAGACCUUGGAACUUCCCUUCAUUCUGACCUUCGAGCGCUCAUAUCUUAUGGUUCGUUCAAGCCUAUUGUAUUUAUUGCCCAUAGCUUAGGCGGAUUAAUCGUCAAACAGUUCCUCAUAUCACUUUCAAAGUCAAUGAAUGAUGUGGACCAGAGGCUAAGAAGUGCAAUUUAUGGCAUUGCAUUUUUUGGAGUCCCUCAUGACGGCAUGGAUAUUCGAUCUCUCAUUCCUAUGGCUGGAGACGGGCCAAAUCGAUUUCUGUUAGAAUCUAUUGGAUUUAAUAAUUCACAGAUCCUCAAUAUCCAGCAACGUGAAUUCUCAGAUGCGUUAGGCGUCAAUCACGAGUUCGAGAUUAUUUCAUUCUACGAAACCCGCUUGUCGCCAACUGCAUUACGGGAUAAUAAAAGCGGUAAAUGGACGAUGUCAGCAGAACCAGCCGUCUUGGUAUCUAAGGCGUCUGCCACACAUUGCCGGCCUUGGGAGGACGGACCUGAACACAUUUGCGCCAUUAAUCGUACACACUCAGAAAUGGUCAAGUUCAGCCAGGAAGACUCCGAGUAUGAGAAAGUUCUCGGUAGAAUUAAGAGCCUCACUCGGCGUGCGAUUAAAACGCGAAGGGGUAUGUGA